AUUUGACAACACCGUACGUCAGUGGACGUGUCCUCUUCGUGGCAAAACUUGCGGUAUUUUUAAAGAGUACCUUUCACGAAAAUUGAUGUGUCUCUUGUAGAUAUCGGCAGCGUAAGGUGCCCCAGUUUUCUACUCAAUAUACCGACCUCCAGGCAACAAUGGUCAAGCCUCUCCGGAAGACUUCCAACAAGAACCCACCCAUUUUAAGUCAUGAAUUUGUUAUACAAAAUCAUGCCGAUAUCGUCUCCUGUGUGGCUAUGGUAUUUGUUAUUGGAUUAAUGGUUCAGGCUACAUCACCGUUGGCCUCAAUUUUCAUUACCCUACACCAUAAUGUCACUGGAGAAGUACCAGGAGAUAUACCCUUAUACUUGCCCGGAUUUAAGGACACUGCUGCAGUAUUUUUCUACAGCUUAAUUUGCAUCAUAAUACACGCAAUUAUACAGGAAUAUGUUUUAGAUAAAGUCUCGAAGAAAUUGCACUUAUCAAAAUCAAAAUUAGCCAUUUUUUCAACCAGCGGACAAUUGUUUGCUUUCUAUUUGGUUUCUACUGUCUGGGGUAUUGAUGUUGCUCUAAAGGACCAUUUUAUACCAGACUUUGCAAGAAUAUGGUCCGAAUACCCAGCCCCAAUGUCCUUUAUCUUUAAAAUGUACAUUCUAGUACAGCUUUCUUACAGUUUGCACGAAUUGCCCGAGUUGUAUUUCCAAAGAGUGAAAAAAGAAGAAUGGUUCAACAAAGCUGUCCAAAGUCUUGCUAGUCUAGUUUUAGUUGCCAUUCCCUAUGUGCUUAACUUCAACAGGCUUUUGGUAUUCUUAUUGGUGCUUCAUCAUGUAGCUGAAUGGGCUUUUCAUUUUGCUCAAUUAUUACAAACAGUUGACAAAGAUGAGAAAUUCUCCAAAGUUGCAAGACUUACAUCUACAGCUUUACAAAUCCUUGCCCGUUUGGGUAGUAUAAUUUUGGCAGUUUUAACUUGUUGGUACGGUUUGGCACUGCACGAAAACCAAGGUCUGGAUAUUCAGGCUGGUAAUUUCAAUACAGCCACCAUUAGGUUCUCGGUGAUGGCGGGCGUUAUUCUCCUUCAAAUGUACUUGAUUUUCAACGUGAUCAGUCAGGAGAUUAGCAGGAAAAGGGAGAGUCUUGCCUCUGUACCAAUGGCUAAAACUAAACCACAGAAAAAGGAGAAACCAAAGAAAAGCAAGAAAAAUGAAGAAUCGGACUUGCCUGAAGUAGACCAAAACACCAACAAAACUCUAAGGAAACAGAAAGUCAAGUAGACCAAAUUACUAUUUUGUUUCACUAGCAUCUCUGUUUUAUUGAUAAUUUUUAUUUCCGAGAAAUAAUUUAAAAGAAAAUAUAUUUUGUUUGUUAUAUUUUCUUAUCACUUUUAUUUUUCUAAUUUAAUUUUAAAUCUUCAAAAAAAUAUAUUCAUGACAAAAAUUUGUUUCCAUUUAAUUAAAUAUUUGUAAUAAUUAUUGUGGAUUCUCUAUAGGUAUAUUUUUUUCUUAAUAGAUAUGUAAUAUUUACGUACAAUAAAUUAAUACUAUAAUUUAUUAGGUAGGUAAGCCUUUGGUUAGACUGCUUUUAAAAAUACCAAUAAGCAACAAAGAAUUUUUUUGUUGAAUGGUAAGUUUUCUAAAAUAUACAAUAUUUGUAAUUUUGUUCUUUCGUGCGCUUACAAGAUGUAAGAUUUUUUCUUGUCCUAUUUUUACAUUAUAGUGUAGUAAUUUUUGUCUAUUCCAUCCAAUUUUUUUUAAAAAAAUAUAUUGUUCCAAAAAUUAUUA